AUGAUGUUUAUUAUAAAUUGGAUUAAGAAAACACUCCAGUCGCUCGGUUUGUUAAAUAAAGAUGCUCGAAUUGUGUUUCUCGGUCUUGACAACGCUGGAAAGACCACACUUCUCCGUAUGCUAAAGGACAACAGGGUUGGAAUCCACACCCCAACACUCCACCCUCACUCUGAGCAACUUAGUCUAGAAAAGGUUAAUCUUACAGCCUUUGACUUAGGUGGCCACGAAACUGCUAGAAGAGUAUGGAAGCAGUACUGUGGAAAUGUGGACGGGAUCGUCUUCAUAGUUGACGCUAGUGAUAGGUCACGAUUUCAGGAAUCCAAUGAGGAACUUAGAUCUCUUCUUUCAGACGAAGAAUUAACCAAUAAACCAUUUGUUGUACUUGGAAACAAAAUUGAUAAUCGAGGAGCUGCCUCAGAGGAGGAGUUGAGAACAGCUCUGAGUCUCUACGCAAAUGAUACCUAUGGCAAAUCUGUUAAAUCAGGCAGAGGAAGGCCUGUAGAACUUUUUAUGUGCAGUAUUAUUAAAAAGCAGGGUUACGCGGAAGCAUUAAGGUGGCUAUCUCAUUUUCUUCACGAUGCCAAAUAA